GUGGUCCAGGGUCAGUUGCAUGCCUAUUACUUCAAACGCUCUUCUUACUUCAAUAAAUUGACACUCCUGUCAUCAAGAUUAUUUUCACUGUUCCCUCACCUCGUUCUACUUUUGACUCGUUCUAUUUUAUUAUACUUACAUUAACGAGACCGAGUACCUACAUACGGAGCAUUUCUUUUUCUUUUUUUCAGGGCCACUGCAAUGUGUUUGAUAAAAUGCCUGAAGGAAAACAAGUACCUCUUCUUACGGUAAUUGGGCUUUCCCUUUACUUGCUUCUUGGAAGGUGACUCUUAGUUUCGGUACAAUGGGUCGUAAAUUUUGGGAGCUACUUUAUGGUGGAAACCAUUUUAUUAGACCCAUGUCUACAGCAUUUUACCUAAACUCCAUGUUUUAUCACUCUUCAAAAGAGGCUCUGAACUUUCAGUGGUAUCAGAAUGAGUUUCCCAAAGUGAAAGAGUUGACCCAUUCGCUAGCAAAUGUGGAUGCAGUUAAUGGGAGGCUUGUUGAUAUUAAUAGCAAUUCAACCGUUUUUGAUGAUGACAUUGAGCGUGAAAUGUGCACCUUCAAGUCCCUUGUUCGUGAGUUUGUUGGGUCUCCAUUAGUUCAGCACAGAAUGAAACAUUUUCUGGCCUCUUUCCUCACAAAUGUAAAAGAUGAAUCUUUUACCCCUUUUGGUACAGCAACUGAAAGAAAGCCUAUGGUGGUCGAUUCAUUGACCAAAGUGAGCAACUUUCUCAGUGUUUCUGCUCAACAAAGGAAAUUGGUUCGUUUCAGGGUGUGCCCGCAGGUUACUCAGCACCGCAUAUGGACUGGCGCACUUAAAGAAGUUCUGAAUGGUUUUGCAGUUGAUUUGGAUUGUUUGGCUUCUCGGGGCUUAGACAACGAUGCUUUGUUGGGUGGCCAAAUUGUUCAUAGCUGCUUGAGGUUUCUGACUGAAAUUGGUGUCUUUUCGGAGCCUGAGUCUUCUUCUUGGAUGAAGCUUUCGCCUUCUAAAACAGUUGAUUCCUCUGAUUCCCGGAGAUGGGAAGAUGUUCUUGUGAUGCUCAAUGAUCUUACUAAAUGCUGCAGAAAUGAAAGGAGGUUAAAGAUGAAUGUAGCUAAGGCUGAAAUCAUGAAGGAGGGGCUUUUGCACAUAAGGGAUGUUUUAGUUGAUAGCAAUGUUGGAUAUAAGGAAGCACAGCAUCAAGAAAGCCUAGUGAAGAAGAAGCUGUCUAAAAUGUUGGGUCACUCGUCUUGUUGCCUGUUCACUCUAUUACUGUAUUACCUCUAUGGAAGGGUGGCGGAUAUUGAAGUAGACAUGUGUGGUGGGGUUUAUGCAAACGGGAGUGAUGGCAAGUUUUGCUUGUUUAUGGGAAGAAUUUUGACUUCAGAUAGUGAGAAGAUGGUUGGACGUGGCGUGAAGCAGUUGGACCGGGCACUUGGGAUUUUCAAGUUCGUGUGGGAAAUGGCUGAAAUGAAAGGGCAUUUGGACUUGCAGGGCCAUAUGUGGUGUGUUGGAGCAGACAAUAGGAUGCUUAGGUAUAGAGGAAACACAUACUUUGUGCAUGGAAUUUGCCUUUGACUAGAGAUUGUAUCACAAUAUCAUUUAAUCCUAUUCCAUGGUGCUAAUAUGUCACACCACUUAGUAGUUGCCAUUAGCAACUGGCAACUCAAAUCUGCAAUGUGUUUAGGUAAUUCGUUGAAUAUCAAGAUUUCUUCCUGA